AUGGAGGGGAGGAUGCAGGGGAAGGUGCAGCAGCUGUCCGACUCCAACCGUCGGAUCAUGGAGGCCGAUGCGGCGCCGCCGCGGCGCGUGUACCAGGCGUGGAAAGGGAGCAAUAUAUUUUUUCUUGGAGGGAGACUUAUUUUUGGGCCUGAUGUGAGGUCACUCAUAGCCACAGUAUGUUUAAUUGUCAUCCCAGUGAUCAUCUUUGCUGCCGUUGUUUCUCCACAGCUUGCCCAUGGGUACCAAAAUCAAAUUGGAGGUUGGGUGGCAUCUGUAUCUAUCAUCUUUACAGCAUAUAUUCUCGUUCUUCUGCUUCUCACGUCUGGACGUGAUCCUGGAAUUGUUCCGCGUAAUUCUCAUCCUCCGGAACCAGAAGACAUUGGUGAAUCCUCCAACUUAUCAGAUUGGCCAGGUGGUCAACAUGGCUCAGCUGGUUUACCACUCACCAAGGACGUUAUUGUCAAUGGUGUUUUAGUUAAGGUCAAAUAUUGCCAUACAUGUAUGCUUUAUCGUCCACCAAGGUGCUCCCAUUGCUCAAUCUGCAAUAACUGUGUCGAACGUUUUGAUCACCACUGUCCUUGGGUAGGGCAGUGUAUUGGAAAGAGAAACUACCGCUUCUUCCUUAUGUUUGUAUCUUCAGCAACUGUGCUAUGCAUAUACGUGUUCACAUUCUGCUGGGUCAACAUCGGGAAAAUAAUGGACACCCAUGAGUGCACAUUUGGUAGAGCUAUCUUGAAGUCGCCCAUCUCCGCCAUUCUCAUGUUAUACACAUUCGUUGCUGUGUGGUUUGUCGGAGGAUUGACCUCAUUCCACCUCUACUUGAUUUCCACCAAUCAGACUACUUAUGAGAACUUCCGGUACCGCUACAAUAGGAGAAGCAAUCCUUACAACCGUGGGCUGGUCCAAAAUUUCAUCGAGAUCCUAUGCUCAAGGAUUCCCAGCUCCAGAAACAAUUUCAGGGCUAAAGCUAACGAGGAUUCUGCAGCCUUCGCCUCAACACUUAGCAUGGGGUGGGUCCUAAGCCCGCCGAAGAUGAGCGUGGACCUUGAGAUGGGCACGAAGAGGCAAGCUGUGGGUGCAGAAGACAUGGAGGACUUACACAGCCAGAUUGGCAGUUCUAUGGGGCUUGAGCGAUGCGGCACAGAACCCCCACAUUUUGUCGGUCGAAAGGGUUGCUCUGAAAUUGCAUCUGACAUCGAGACGUUUGCAGAAGAGUUUGGCAUGGACAACAAGUUCACUGAGAGGAAAAAGACUGUGCGGCAUACAAAUGAUAAUCCUUAA